AGUAGGUAAUAUAUGUUUAGUGCAAAGGUAAAUGGGUAGAUUUCAAUUUAAAGCAGUUCAUGAUUCAUUCUCAAGAAUACAAAUUAAUAUUUAGGCAACGUAAGUCUUUUCUUCCCCUGUUUCUCAUAAGCUCAAAUCUCGAUGGUAAUUUUCAUUAUUCACAAAUCACAUAGUUUUACUUCUCACAUCUUAAACCAUUGUCGAUAACACCAUUUUAUUAUGUCCGUGUUAAUAGCAGGUGGAAACUGUUGUUAAUAAAGCCGAUAUUGUUAAAAUCCGUUACUUUUUCAUGUAAAAGUAAGAAUUGAUUGCCUUGUUCUCAACAAUUCUGUCUUUGCUUGAAUAAUUUCAAGGAGACCAAGGAACCUACUGUUUGUUAUGUUUUCGUUAGUAGAAAAUUGUGUAUUUUAGUCUAAAUACAUCCAUCAGUUAUACUUUGAAUUCAAUUCUAAAAUGGCACUUCUAUCCAAGUAUACCUAUCUGAUUUCAUUGUACCGUUGUUAAACACGUGUAUGGAAAACGAGUCUAAAAUGUACGCAUUUGAUGAAAUUUUAAGUUAGCAAUACUGCUGGCCGACUUAAGCUUGAAGGUCCUGUACAGUUAAUUAUUUGAACGUAAUAAACCUGCAUUCAGCAUAUUCUUUUCAUUGUAAUGAAUAAUGUGAGACAGUUAAUGUCUGAGUAUUCAAAUACUGCAACUUCGUACUUAAUUAUUCAAGCAUGUUAAUCAAGAUGUUAAUAUUUAAUACUCCAAUAUUAGUGGAUAUUAAUGAAUAUGGAAAUCUGCAAUGGUAAAGUAAAAUUACCUUAACUUACUUACCUACCUAAAAUCACAAAUAUUUAUUAUGUAUUUUUUGAACUGGACCGCACUGCUGAGUCUCGGUCCCAAUUUCAUAGCAGAAUUCUUGGACCAUGGUGCCUUUUAACUUGCUUAACUGAGGGUAAACAAAUUCCGAAUUUUCCUUGGCCCAUAUACUCUGUCGCCAUGGCUGGAUGCACAAUCGCAUUUUCUUCUUUAACGAAAAAAGAAAAACAAGAACUACAAGACAAGGUCGUAUUGAUGGGAGGAUACGUCUCACCCUCACUAACAGGAUUAUGUACGCAUAUUGUUACAAAUUCUGUUAAAUCGGAAAAAUACAUUAAAGGUGCGGAAGCUGGUAUGAAAAUUAUGUUAAAUUCCUGGAUUGAUGACGUUUGGGAGUGUAGUUUAAAAGAAAAUAUUCAUUGCAACAACAAACGGUUCAACAAACAUGUCUGUCCAGUAUUUUAUAAUCUUGUUAUUUGUUGCACUGGUUUAAGUAACACUCAACGGCAUGAUUUAUGUCAACAUAUUUCUGAAAAUGGCGGUAUUUACAAAGAGCAGUUGCACGUUAAUAGAACUGAUAUUUUAGUAACAGAAAGCAGAACGUCUAGUGCCAAGUAUAAGGCAGCAGUAAAGCAUAAUAUAAAGUGUGUAACAAUGGCAUGGGUUACUGAUAGUGUAAAGAAUGGUUAUGCAAUGCCAGAUAACUUGUAUAGAAUCCAAAUUAGUACGUCUACUCCCACGAAGGAUGGUGUGGAACUACCCAAUUUUUCAAUGGUCAGUAACAUUACCAAUGCUAGCAUUGCACGAAAUGAACUUUGUGAAACCAUUGAUGGCACUCAACUUUUAAAGGUAGCCACUCCAGCCAAACCUUCUUCAAAUUUAAAAAGAAAAAGUAAUUCAAAUGAACAUAAUGAAUUGGUUGAUGAGAUUAAUCUGAAAGAUGUUAAAAGAGCUGGUUCAUUUUUGGAUGGUUGUGGGAUAUAUUUGGUUGGCUUUGGUGCAGAGCAACGAGAAAAAUUGUGUAAAAUAAUUAAUUUCAGCGGAGCCACACGAUACAAUGAUAUUUCUGAACGAGUAACACACAUUAUAGCUGGAGAUAUUUCGUGUCCAGAAUUUAAGAAUUUACGUUUAAAAAAUUGCAACUUUUCGUAUCCAAUCGUGUCUGUGCAUUGGUUGCUUAAGAGUAUGGAGCAAGAAUCGCCAGCAGAGGAAGACAAAUUUAUUGUCAGUAGAGACACGGACGGUCACAUUGAGCCUAGUUCGCCUUUAACUAAAAAGAGCUUACAUUUGUUGCAUGCAUCCGUUAGUGCUUCAGAAAAUCAAGAACAGCCCGAGUCUCUCAACACUGCAGAUAUUGUUCAACAAUAUUUUCAACCUGACUCUUCUAGUCAAGAAGAUACAUUAGCUAGACUUUUACAAGAUAAUACCAAAUUUAAAACUGGUACUGAUACUCAUUUAAAUGAAGAUGAACCGACACUAACAACCAAAGAAAAUGGGAAUGUUGAUGCAAAUCGUGUUACCCACUCCACUAUAAAACCCCAACCGGCUCCUGCAGACAAUGACGCUUCCUUAUCAUCUGCAGUAGAUGACAGCAGCCAACCUCCAGAUUCAAUUUUUCAAGAUUUAAAGUUUAUUAUAGUUGGGUUUACGCCUGAAGAGCGUAAGCAAAUUAAAACAGCCGUUGAAGCAAUGGCAGGUGCAGUUGUUAGUAAAACUUAUAAGGGAGUUUGUGAUUAUGCAGUGGUACCUUCUUUUGGUUCCGUUUUAAAGCAUGUAGCAACCAAUAUUGUCAACGAUUUAUGGAUAACAGAAUGUUGGCAAGAAAACGAAAUUAGACCAAUCGAGUAUUUCCAUCAGCCCAUAUCUGUUAAAGACGAUGUGAAACCAUUAAAAAAUUGUGUUGUAACUAUUAGUACUUACACGAAUUAUGAAAGAAAUUUUUUAAAAACGUUGAUAAUGCAACUAGGGGGUGUGUGCCAAGAAUCACUCUCUCGAAUAAAUUCCAAAUCUGGAUUGUUAGCCUGUACACAUUUGAUAAGUCCCGAACCUACUGGAAAGAAGUAUACUGCUGCUGUUAAAUGGGGGUUGCGUGUGAUUAAUAAGGACUGGCUAUUGGAAUGUGCUCGGUCUUCCGAAUACGUGUCUGAAACACCAUUUUUAGUGGGCGAUGUAAAAGCAUCAAGCAACACAAGAGAGUCAUCUAAAUCUGUGUCUUCCCCACCAUCAAAAUUGUGUGAUGAUAUCAGCACCUUGAAAUUAAAUAAACUAUCUAUGGUGAAGUCCCACACUGUUUCUGCUGAAAAGGAAGAGCAGAAACCGUCAACAUCUGCAAAUCAAUCCGCCGAUGAACCGAAAGAUAAUACUCCAAAGAAUAAACAGUGGAAUAUUUCUGGAAUUACUGCUAGCCAGAUCACCCCGGUGCAGAAAAUUAUAACAGAAGCUAGAAGUCGAAAUCUACUAGACACGCCUGUACAAAACCUCCCACAUCCUUUACCGUGGGAUCAAGUGGACACACCAGAGACCCCCCUUGGUGCAUUUAUUCGCCCGAAUCCAUCUCCUCAUUUGCGCAAAGAGAUGCUUAAGUUUUUGAACACAUUUCCUGAAUACAAACCAAGAAGGGACAGUACGCCUCUGUCUGAGCUUAAACGCAGACUGUGGGAUAAUAUUUGUCCACCUAAAAAUGGCAAUAUUCCCGCCCAACCCAAUUUUGAUGGUAGUGACGAAGAACGUAGUGCCGAAGAAGUUUUUACACCGCCAAAUAAGAAAUCGGAGGACUGGUAUAUUAUGCCGUCCAAUCCUGAUGAUUUGAAUGCUGAGAACCAUUUCAGCGCCCAGGUCACCUUCGCCACAUCCACCAUCGGACUAACAUUCUCCAUGGGAAUGAAGGGGAUUACCUCUAGCCAGUUGGGAUAUGGCGCUGUGGUGGCUCUGAGGCUAGUUGUAAUAUGAACCUUUCAUUAAAAUUUUGUUUAAGCGGGAUGCAGAGGAGGUGGAUUCACUCUCUGGCGCCGCCUAAUAUCCUUCUUAUAUAUGAGCCCUAACACAUCAAUGUUCGGACAUCUAGCAUUUUUAAAAUAGAACUGAAAAAAAUAUAUAUCCAUGUCAAUUUCAAUAAAGCCACAAAUAUUUUAUACAGAAAUAUGUAUUAUAAGAUUAUUAUUUAAGAGCGCGCUGCCGGAGUGGUGGGGAUCAGCGUAGAAAACACACUUAAAACAUGCCUUUAGAUUUUUGUACAAUUUUUAAAAACCGUUUGUGGUAUCAGCCCAAUUUUUUUUUUAUAUUAAUCAGCAAGGACCAGCGCAGGAGGUAACGAAUUUUCAUCGAUCUACAUUGGCUAUAAAUAGGUUAAUUACAUUUUUGAAAAUGGGCAAUUUUAAUUUUUUAUGAAAUCAAAUCUCCACACAUAAGUUUCAAGUGAUUUUAUGGUCAAUUAAAGGAAAUUUGUACGAAAAUUCUUCAUUAUAAAGUGACCCUAGUGGUGUUUCCCACCAUAUUUAGAUCGAAAGCGAAACGCAAGUGCAGUGGUUCGCCUGUAGAUGGCGGAGAAACAUGGCGGGUUCUCAUUUGAAUUUAAAUACAUGACCACGGUAGUGAAUAUACCGCUCUCGUUCGUUCAUAAGGCAAAAAGAACCCGCGAGCGCGACGCUGUAGGUCAGGGUAAAUGUAAAGAUUUCGGGAUCGUUUCCGUUUUUUCAGAACCAUUCAGUAGCAGGAAGGGACGAACGGAGCAGUUUCUUAUAGGGGGGAAUGUUAAAAAUUUUCCAACUUUCGAAAUUCAAAUGCUAAAGAAACGCUACAACACCACAAAAUCCAAGACUGAGACUGGGUCAAAAUGGCAUGGCUUUACUACCUAUGAUCACAGAUUUAUUACUAUGAUGUAGGAAGUCGGCAUUGCUGCUUAAUCCUUCAUUCAUUUCUCAACGAGAUAGGUAUGCAUUCUAUGCGAAAUCUAAUAGUUCGCAAUGAGAGCAAUUAAAUAUGAUAUGACAUCCCACUGCUCGCGAUAUUAUGAAAAUGAACUUAUGUUCCACAAUUUACUUAGUAAUUUAGUAUGGUAUGUAACAGGAUAAUGGCCACCCUGUAUAUAACUUUUAGGCGCUUAUCAUAUUCAAUAAAUAUCUAUGUGCGUUUAUCAAUACGAAUAAAUGCGGACGAUGACAUUGACGCUCGAGCUAUUAAAGCGUAUAAAUGUAUGCAAGGCUAAAUUCUUGAGUUUUAUAAUUUUCUAAGAUUAUUUGCCGUUUUGGGAUUUGUUUAAUUGGAAAAUCAACGAGUUCGAUACCCGUUGGUCAUGUUAUUUACCUAAUACAAUUAAUAGAAGCCGUUAUUACCAACUCAUUUGAGUAAUUUAUAAGUGCAUAAUCUGCACAAAAUUAAAUAUCAGGAAGUCCACAUAUGGACUUCUUGAGUCACGGAGUCGAACCAUAAGAAAUCCACCCCUUGCGGAGUAACGAACAUAGUUCUAAAGGGAGCCCUCGUCAGAAAGAUAAGUCUUUCACCUCGUCUUUCACCUACCAUUCACUUAUCACUUACCCGCAUCAUCUCAUAUUGUUAAUUGUCAAAAUUCUUAUCACUAACUACAUUAUUGUGUACCGAUCAGUGGUUAAAAUUUGCAAGAUUAUACUCAAUUCAUUGAGGUGGCCAGUAGAAAGCGCUUUCCAUUGUCCCUGCUCAAUUUCUGACAUCACAGAAUUGUUUUAUUAUUGCUACUGUCCACUGUGAAUUCCUUGCCUCGAGAUUGCCAUCCUCUGGCCUCCAUUCCAACAACGAACCCCAAUCCUUCCAAUUAGUUGUACCACGUUUGCAUUUGUUA